AUGCGGGAAAUCGUGCAUAUCCAAGCUGGACAAUGUGGCAACCAAAUUGGUGCCAAGUUCUGGGAGGUGAUCUCGGACGAGCAUGGCAUCGACCCAUCCGGUACCUAUCACGGAGACUCGGACCUACAACUGGAAAGGAUCAACGUGUACUACAACGAGGCGUCCGGCGGGAAAUACGUACCGCGCGCUAUCCUCGUCGAUCUGGAACCAGGCACCAUGGACUCUGUUCGCUCGGGUCCUUUCGGCCACAUAUUCCGCCCCGACAAUUUCGUGUUCGGCCAAUCCGGGGCUGGCAACAAUUGGGCGAAGGGCCAUUACACCGAGGGCGCGGAGCUGGUCGACUCGGUGCUGGACGUGGUCAGGAAGGAGGCUGAGAGCUGCGACUGCCUGCAAGGUUUUCAACUGACGCACUCGUUGGGCGGUGGCACCGGUUCCGGGAUGGGUACACUGUUGAUCUCGAAAAUUCGCGAGGAGUAUCCGGACAGGAUAAUGACCACGUUCUCCGUGGUGCCGUCACCCAAGGUGUCCGAUACCGUGGUCGAACCUUACAACGCGACCCUGUCCGUCCAUCAAUUGGUCGAGAACACCGAUCAGGCUUACUGCAUCGACAACGAGGCCCUCUACGACAUCUGUUUCCGCACUUUGAAACUCUCCACCCCGACUUACGGUGAUCUGAAUCAUCUCGUCUCGGCUACGAUGUCGGGCGUGACCACCUGCCUCAGAUUCCCUGGACAAUUGAACGCCGAUCUGAGAAAACUUGCCGUGAACAUGGUCCCGUUCCCCCGCCUCCACUUCUUCAUGCCCGGCUUCGCGCCGUUGACAUCGCGCGGCAGCCAACAGUAUAGAGCGUUAACCGUUCCUGAGCUCACCCAACAAAUGUUCGACGCGAAGAACAUGAUGGCCGCCUGCGAUCCGAGGCACGGCCGUUAUUUAACCGUGGCCGCGGUGUUCCGCGGCAGAAUGUCGAUGAAGGAGGUGGACGAGCAAAUGCUGAACAUCCAGAACAAGAACAGCUCGUACUUCGUCGAGUGGAUCCCGAACAACGUGAAGACGGCCGUGUGCGACAUCCCGCCCCGCGGUUUGAAGAUGUCGGCCACGUUUAUCGGCAACUCGACAGCUAUCCAAGAAUUGUUCAAAAGAAUUUCCGAACAGUUCACCGCCAUGUUCAGGAGAAAGGCGUUCCUUCAUUGGUACACGGGCGAGGGUAUGGACGAGAUGGAGUUCACCGAAGCCGAAUCGAACAUGAACGAUCUGGUGUCCGAGUAUCAACAAUACCAAGAAGCCACCGCGGAGGACGAGGGAGAAUUCGACGAGGAGGAGGAGACGGAGAAGUGAG